AUCCUGUCCAGUAUGCCUUUGGGUAGCAACGCGACGAGACCGGCGCUGUAAAGGCACUGUAAAAAAUCUCGAAUUAUAGAAAAGACAAUCUAUCAACAACAUUAUGGCUACAAGUAUUGAUGUAGCACAAGCUUUGCGAUAUGGAACGUGCACGCUGCAACCAAACGGCAAAUAUCUCUGCGUCUGCAAUACAGAACUCUUGAAAGCUUCCAUAAAGAGACACCUUGCUUCUAAAAGACACUUGGAAAAGGUGUCGAUGCUAAACAGAAAUGGAAAAAGCCAUCGCAAUGAGUCCUCAAGCACGGCUUUGCAAGAUGGAACGUGCACGCUGCAACCAAACGGCAAAUAUCUUUGCAUCUGCAAAACAGAACUCAUGAAAGCUUCCAUAAAGAGACACCUUGCUUCAAACAAACACUUAGAAGAGGUGUCUAGGCAAGCUGUGCGUGGAUCGAGCCGACUUGGGAAGAAUACAAACACAAAUGAAGUUGCACAGGCUUUGCAAGAUGGGACGUUUACGCUGCAACCAAACGGCAAAUACUUGUGCGUCUGCAAAUCAGAAAUCUUGAAAUCUUCCAUAAAGAAUCACCUUGCUACAGCUAAACACAAGAUGGCUACACAGAAACUUCCCAAAGAGACAAAAAGAAGUAACCACUUGGAGAAAACAAGGAAUACAGCUAAGAGUAUGCUAGCUCCACGGAAUGAAGUUGCACAGGCUUUGCAAGAUGGGACGUUUACGCUGCAACCAAACGGCAAAUACCUGUGCGUCUGCAAAUCAGAAAUCUUGAAAUCUUCCAUAAAGAAUCACCUUGCUACAGCUAAACACAAGGAGAUGGCCACAACCCACAUGAGAUCAAGAACAGGAAGAGAAGAGAGAACGGGAAGCGAAGGAAAACUGUCACGAAAUGAAAUGCAAGGAGCAACACCAAUGUUUAAGAAACAAGUAAAAUUCUCCACAGCGAGCGCGCCGCGGGUGAAUGGCAUGGUGCCAGUGGCUCGCGAGCGGGAAAUGCGUCCUAGCGACCACCAUCGCCAAAAUUACGCCAAGAAGGAAAAGUCGCGGAAAAGUGAAACGAGGGAACCGUGUCCUGUUGAAGAAGGCGAUUCGGACACAGGCGACAGUGAAGAGGAAGUAGGCCUUAGUCAAGGAGAAGACGAAGGGGAGGAGGAGGAGGAAGAGAUUUCUCAAGGAGAGGAAGAGCAAAGGCAAGAAGAGGAAGAGGAAGAACAAAGCCAAGAGGAAGAGGAAGAACAAAGCCAAGAAGAGGAAGAGGAAGAACAAAGCCAAGAGGAAGAGGAAGAACAAAGCCAAGAAGAGGAAGAGGAAGAACAAAGCCAAGAAGAGGAAGAGGAAGAACAAAGCCAAGAAGAAGAAGAUGAACAAAGCCAAGAAGAGGAAGAGAAAGAACAAAGCCAAGAGCUCAGUGAGGAAGAGUCACAACAAAGCAAGGGAGGAGAUAAUAGAGAUCUCUCAACAUCGACUGCACCAUACCGGAUGGCUUCCCAACCUCGGGGUAACGUCUACAUCUUCAACUACAAAUUCGCGGGAAAGCACAAUUACCGCGAGGGAGCUGAACACGACUCUGAAACCAUCCAAGCCACGUUCACCAACAUGGGUUAUCGAGUAUUUACCAAAGAAAGCUUGUCCAGAAGAGCGACUCUGAUGGAGCUGAAACUCAUAAGAGAUGAGGCGAGCAUCAGAGACGUCGACAGCAUGAUCAUGUUCUUUCUCAGCCACGGAAAAGGUGUUCGCGACUUCCUUACUGAGGAUGGGCUCAGUCUGUGCCUUUCCAGAAUCCAUCAAAUGUUCACGGACGCACAGUGUCCAGCGCUUCGAGGGAAACCUAAGAUCUUCUUCACGAACUUCUGUCGCAAAGGCGGUUUCGAAACCUGUCCAGUUUUCGAAGCGUCGGACCCUCCAAGAGACAUGGUAACCAUCCACGCUUCCGGGGAGGGAAUCGACGCCCUUCGCAACACCGCUUUCGGAACGUACUUCAUCCGCAACCUGUGUCAGGUGCUGCAAGAACACGCCGGCAAGAAGAGCCUUCGGGAUAUCUACUUGGAACUGGACCGAAGUGCAGCCGAGAGGGGCGGCACGCAACCCAUGUGGGAGGAUUUCGUCUUUCGGAAUUUUUACUUCAGUCCUACGAAGACGAAGACAUCGAGCAUGUAGAGAGAUGAGAGGUGUAGGUUAAGAAACGUUCACAUAACACGAGUCACCUGAUUUUGUGCUUUUAGGAUAAGAUUAGAUAAUGCAUAUACUUCGAACGUCUA